AGGGUUUGAAAAAAGAAAAAAAAAAUCCCAAUUCUUCAAUUUGAUUUCGAUUUCACAUUAGGUUAUUGAAUUGUUUCGAUCUCUCAUCGAAUUGUGCUCUGCGACGAGAGGGAUUUCGGCUUCCAGAGGAAGAUAGGUAAAGAAGGAAUGGAAACGCAACGGAUAAUCGAAUUCCCGCACAAGAACAUGGACAAGCGACCUAGGAAGAGACCCAGGUUAACAUGGGACAUGCCUCCUCCUCUUCCUCCUCCAAAGGUGCUUCCAGCAAUUUAUUGUGCCCAGGAAUUUGCCAAUGGAGGAAUCCCCAAUUAUGCGCAUCCUAACAUUUUUUACAGAGGACUCCAAAGUUCUCCUCCCCGGAGGGCUGAUGAUAAAGAUGGUCAUUAUGUUUUUGUCAUUGGAGAAAAUCUAACUCCCCGCUACAGGAUUCUAAGCAAAAUGGGUGAAGGAACAUUUGGGCAAGUCCUAGAAUGCUUUGACAAUGAGAAGCAAGAAGUUGUGGCCAUCAAAAUUGUUCGCUCCAUACAUAAGUAUCGUGAAGCUGCCAUGAUUGAAAUAGGUGUUCUACAAAGGCUUGCCAGGCAUGAUAUUGGUGGCACUCGUUGUGUGCAAAUACGGAAUUGGUUUGACUAUCGUAAUCAUAUUUGUAUUGUAAGUAUCUAUUGGUAUUUGCAAAUUGCAAUUUGAUUAAUUUGAGGGGGCAAUACAUUCCCUUUCAUCCUAAAUAUUCUGUGAGUUAAAAAACUUGCGGAUGAAUUUAAAUGGUUUCAACAGGUAUUUGAGAAGCUUGGACCAAGCUUAUACGAUUUUCUCCGCAAAAACAACUACCGUUCAUUUCCCAUUGAUCUUGUUCGGGAGCUUGGCAGACAAAUUUUGGAGUCUGUAGCAUGUGUGUGGAUAAUUCUUGCACCAUUUUAAUAUGUUUUUUUUAUGUAUUUGAUGCUUAAACCCUUCUUAAUGUGAAGCUCAUGUUUGGGCAUUGAUAGUGUUAUUAGUUUGCUUAAGUUUGCCAAUUUUUCUUGAAAAUCAAGGAAAUUUUUGUUUGGAUAAGUAUGACAUUGAUAACAUUAAAAUUUCAUUCCCCAGCAUCCAGCCACCCAAAAGAAUCAUUUAGCUUUGCUUCUAAUUAACCUUUUUUGCUUUGAUAAUGUGCAGUUAUGCAUGAUUUACACUUAAUUCACACCGAUUUGAAGCCGGAAAAUAUUCUUCUCGUGUCAUCUGAAUAUGUUAAAAUCCCUGAUUAUAAGGUAUUCAUUUGUUUUCCACCUCCCUUGAAUAUCUUAUUAUUUUGUUCUGACCAUAAGUUGGAGAGAAAGUAAAUUAUUUGUGAAUGAAUCUAGAGUUUCUGAAAGUGGUUUUACAUGCUGGUUUUGACCUGUUGCUCAAUUUAAUACUAUUGAACCUGAUACCUAUGAAGUCAAAAAAUUCUGGUUUGCUUU